UCCACGUCCAUCGAACUUUGAAUCCUUCAACCAUUAAAAACACCACUUCUAGUUCUAGUUCUUCCCAAAUAUAUUUUUCUUUUCCUACCAACCAAACAGAAAGAAAAGAAAGAUCAGAAACUCAUGAUAGAGUUCGACUACGACGAGCUUGUAAAGGCCACGGAGAGCUUCUCUCCCUCAACACUCAUCGGCAAAGGAAGCCACGGAUCCGUCUACAAAGCCAAACUCACAACAAACGACAACAACAAACUCGUCGCCGUUAAAAAGCCUUUUCUCCAUGCCCAUGAAGAAGAAGAUCACGACCGUUCCAAGCUCCAAAACGAGAUUCGAGUCUUGUCGUUUCUGCGACAGAAUCGGCACGUCAUCGAUUUCCUCGGGACCAGCCGAGGAAAUGGAAAUAAUCGGCAGCAGCAGCAACAGGUUCUGGUGAUGGAGUACAUGCCCAACGGCUCUCUCCACGACCUCCUCCAUGUCAGCGAAACGCCGCCGUCUUGGCCGAAGCGCCUCGAGAUCGCGGUCCAAGUCGCCAGGGCCGUCCGAUUUCUCCACGACGAAUCUCAGCCCUCCGUCGUGCACAGAGACAUCAAGUCGGCGAAUGUCUUGUUCGACUGCGAUUUCGUCGCGAAGCUCGCGGACUUCGGCCUCGCCGUGCUCGUCCACGUGGAUAAUCCGGGUCAACCCGCGGGGACGAUCGGGUACUUGGACCCGUGGUACACGAAGCCGCGCCUAAUUUUUGGAGGAAGGGGUUUAAAUGGCUAUGCAAAAAUUUCAGCUAGCCCUUAUGUAACCAUCCAAGGAUGGUAG